GUCCAGAGUCCAGCUACCCGUGUCCUGUCCAACUCUGGUCGUGAACAUUUCUUUCAUAGUUCUGUGUGAUUCAGAAGUAACAUGGAGCAGAUCACAGACCAUAUCUGCAGGUAUAAAAACUACAACUUUCCAGUCAAGGUCACAACUCCAGAACACAUCGAUUCACUCCAGAGCUUUGAAAUUCGAGAUAGUGACGUAUUCCUCGUCACUUAUCCAAAGUCAGGCACUAUAUGGACUCAACAGAUCAUCAUCUCCAUCUAUGAGUUAGAGGGGGGUCUGCAUGAAUAUCCAAACAAUUUGGAGCAUAUGCCGUGGCUGGAGUACAGGGAAGUUCGACAAGAUUACACUCUACGACCCUCUCCACGGCUCCUCACCUCUCACCUCACCCCGGCUCUAAUGCCUCCGGGACUGAAGGACAAGAAGGGAAAGAUUAUCUACGUGAUGCGUAAUCCAAAGGACAACAUCAUCUCCUAUUACCACUUCAGUAAUGUCUGCGAUGACCUGGAGACUCCCAAGAGCUUUGAGGACUUCCUUCAGAAGUAUCUGACAGGCAACGUUUUAGCAUCAUCCUGGUUUGACCACAUCAGGGAGUGGCAUUCAAAGAGAGACCAGUACAACAUCCUCUUCCUCACCUAUGAGGACAUGAUUUUGGACCUGAAGGCGGCAGUAACUAAGAUCUGCACUUUCUUGGGGAAAAACCUGAGUGAAGCAGCCAUUGAGCAAGUUGUGGAAAAAGCUACAUUUAAGAACAUGAAGAAAGAUUCCAAAGCCAACUACGAGUUUCUGCCACAAGAUAAGGUGCAGGGAGAUUUCAUGCGCAAAGGUAAGAUCGGUGACUGGAAGAACACCUUUACUGCCGCUCAGAGUCAAAGAGUGGAUCAACUCCUGCAGGAGAGACUCGGUGAUAUGUCUCUGAAAUUCAUCUGGGAGUAAGCAGAGUAGCCCCACCAACCUUAAGCUGUUUACGUGUUUUUAAUCCUGAAAUAUCCCUAAAAUUCAAGUACACAGUCUGUCUUGCACUUCCAACAUCUACAGUAGCUGUUAAUGUGUAAGUGUUGAUAUACAUCACAAUAAUGCUUUUUAUUUUUGGACUUCUGAACACACAGCCGGCCAAUCUGUUGUCUUUAUUGAAUGCCAAAAGUAAUUAAAUUGUUUCUUUACGUAU